AUGUUUGGUCUUGCUAAUAACAUCACCGACCUUGGGUCAACUCGCAUUCACAUGGGGAAAACCAACACGUAUGCGGACAAUCAACACCAGGGCUCUAUCUCUAUCAAAAGGCAUUUUUUAAGGGGACUCCUUUUCGCCAGUUCUUUUUGUUAUUACCUUAAUACCGAUAUCGAUGGUGUUGCAACAAGUAAGCAUUGGGUAUUGUUUGGAAAAAAAGUUAAGAGCCCUGGAGUAAACCAUCUGCUAUUUAUUAAUGAUCUAAAAUUCUUUGCAAAGAACGAGUCGCAAAUUGACUAUUUGGGCAGACUGUAUGCCUUUAUUGCAAAAACAUCGGUAUGGAAUUUGGUAUUGCAAACUGUGCUGUGUUGACAUUAGAGGGAAGAGAACAGAAAAUUGAGGGAUAAAUCUUCCAAUAAGGGAACGUCCAUAAGUGAUCCAGAAAAGAGUGGAUACAACUACCCGGGAGUACUUGAACUAGACUCUACCCUGGACAGAAAAAUGAAGGAGGUUGAGAAAGAUUCGUACAUGAGCAGACUCAAGUUACUCUUGAAGUCUAAGCUCAGCUGUGGUAAUUUGAUCAUGGCGAUAAACACGUGGGCUGUAGCGGUGAUAAGAUAUAGUGCAGGCGUUUUGGGUGGACCAAUGUGA